UGGCAUUGGCCUAACCGAAAAACCUCCGUAUAUAAAUAAACCGUUGCACACAUUGUUGAUUGUCCUAAAACUACACUCGGCAAGUUCCACCACCAUCACCUUGCUCUCUUUUUCACUUCGUAACUCUCGCACGCUCUUUUUCGCGCCUUUUCGAACCUUCCAUCUUCGGCGAUGGCCACCACCACGACCCUUAGCCCCGCCGAUGCCGACAAGCUCUCCAACCUCAAAUCCUCCGUUGCUGCAUUGAGCCAAAUCAGUGAGAACGAGAAGAACGGAUUCACCAACCUCGUCACUCGUUACCUCAGUGGCGAAGCACAGCAUGUUGAGUGGAGUAAGAUCCAGACGCCUACGGAUGAAGUAGUGGUGCCUUAUGACAGUUUGGCACCGACUCCUGAUGGUUCUUCGGAGGUGAAGAACCUAUUGGAUAAGCUUGUGGUGUUGAAGCUCAAUGGAGGCUUGGGGACAACUAUGGGUUGUACUGGCCCAAAAUCUGUCAUUGAAGUUCGUGAUGGUUUGACAUUUCUUGAUUUAAUUGUCAUACAAAUUGAGAAUCUCAAUUCCAAAUAUGGAAGCAAUGUUCCGUUGCUUUUAAUGAACUCGUUCAACACUCAUGAUGACACUCAGGCGAUUGUUGAGAAAUAUAAAAACUCAAAUAUUGAGAUUCAUACGUUUAACCAGAGUCAAUAUCCUCGAUUGGUUGUCGAUGACUUUUUGCCAUUCCCAUCCAAGGGGCAGACAGGCAGGGACGGGUGGUACCCUCCUGGCCAUGGAGAUGUCUUCCCAUCAUUAGUGAACAGUGGAAAGCUUGAUGCGCUAUUAUCACAGGGUAAGGAGUAUGUGUUUGUUGCCAAUUCAGACAACCUAGGUGCUGUAGUUGACUUGAAAAUCUUAAAUCAUUUGAUCCAGCACAAGAAUGAAUACUGUAUGGAGGUCACUCCCAAGACAUUGGCUGAUGUCAAAGGUGGCACUCUGAUUUCUUACGAAGGAAGGGUUCAGCUCCUGGAAAUUGCCCAAGUCCCAGAUGAGCAUGUCAGUGAAUUUAAGUCAAUAGAGAAAUUCAAAAUUUUCAACACAAAUAAUUUGUGGGUAAACUUAAAAGCAGUUAAAAGGCUUGUUGAAGCUGAUGCUCUGAAGAUGGAAAUUAUUCCCAAUCCAAAGGAAGUUGAUGGUGUAAAAGUUCUUCAACUGGAAACUGCAGCUGGUGCAGCAAUAAGGUUCUUUGACAAAGCUAUUGGAAUUAAUGUGCCUCGAUCCCGCUUCCUUCCAGUGAAGGCAACUUCAGACUUGCUUCUUGUCCAGUCGGACCUUUACACUUUGCAAGAUGGAUUUGUUAUUAGGAACCAAGCUAGGGCAAAUCCUGAAAAUCCUUCCAUUGAAUUGGGGCCAGAAUUUAAGAAGGUUAGCAACUUCUUGAGCCGGUUCAAGUCAAUCCCUAGUAUUGUUGAGCUUGACAGUCUAAAAGUGGCAGGGGAUGUAUGGUUUGGGCUUGGUGUAACUGUUAAGGGUAAAGCAAGUAUCCUUGCAAAACCUGAUGAGAAGCUUGAAAUACCUGACUAUGCUGUGAUUGAAAACCAGGAAAUUACUGGCCCUGAGGAAAUGCGAGGAAGGUGAUGAAUUGUGGAAUUCAUCUGAUUGUGUACAAUCUUUACAGUCUUCUACUAUAAUUUGAGUAUUGCAUCUAGUUUUAUAGGGUAAAAAAUAAGAAGGCGGUUUUUUCUGAGGAUGUCUGAACAUUUUGUACAUGGACUCAAUAAGGAUUAUAUUUUCUUUCCAUAUCGUAUCAAUCAACUAUAAAGUGUUUACUCCUUUAUUUUUAUAAAGCAAUUUGUGU